ACCAUUACUCAGCUGUGGAUCCGUAGUGAUUUCAGAAGUCAUGUCCACUGCCAAACCGUGCUGUUUAGUCAUCUGUAGUGCCGCUAUAGAUGGUGUGUCGACACAACCAUUCAUCCAGGCAGUAACUCUGCUGAACUCUGCCUUCACACUGCAACUGGCCACACCAAAUGGGAAGGCUAUUGAGUUUGUCCAACAAGAUGAUUCCAGUCGGCGCUGGUUAAAUGAUUUCCGUUCCAAGAGUGUGGCCGUUCCCACAAGACUGGACAACAUAGACGUUUCCCGUUACGCGGCUGUGCUGAUACCGCCUGCACCUGGUGCCCUGUACGACCUAGCGAAGGAUGCAGAUGUGGCAGCUGUUCUCAACCAGGCAGUUGCAGAGAGGAAGCCAAUCUGUGCAGUAGGACUAGGAGUAGCAGGACUGUGUGGUGCCAUGAAAGAUGACGGGCUGACAUGGACCUUUUCAAGUUACAGUUUAAGUGGGCCAUCAGUGUUGAGUUUAGCCAGGAGUCCCUCCUUUGCCAACUUGCCAUUGAUUAUAGAGGAUUUCAUUAAGGACAAUGGUGCAGUGUACAGCGCCAGUAAGGCAGACCACGUCCAUGUUGUGGUAGAUCAGAACCUGAUAACAGGACAGAAUGAAGAGUCGACUGUGGUCGCUGUGCAAAACCUCAUCCUCUUGUGCAAUGCCAGGCAAGGGAAACAGGUGCCAAGCUGAUGACAAGUGCAAUGACAUGACAAUGAAGAGACUGUACAUAAAGCAUGGAUCUUCCACACAAAACAUCUGAAAGCAAGAAAUUUAAGGUUUCCAUAAUCUUUAAACUUGUUCAGCUUUAGGCUACUUGUUCAGCUCUAGCCUACCUCCAAGUGCUCU